AAGAUCCAAAGGUCUCUGGACACGCACGCCGAGCCAGGAGAUCGCCGGCUCGAUAACGAAUAUCGCCCUACAAGAUCCGUACUCGCGCCCUCACCAUGUCUGAGAACCAGACGACCGAGCAUUCUGCUCAACCUGGUUCACAGACAGACGACUCGGGCUUGAUCAAAUAUACAGUCGAGUAUAUGAGUCGUGUCUCGGAACAAACAGUCGCCAGCGAGGACUAUAAAGGCGAAGCCAAUGCUCUAGAGGAGCCCCCAGUAAUGGAAUAUGUCGAGGUCCGGCUAACCAAUGAGGCUAUUGCCCCGGGUUCGGCAAAUGGGGGAGCAGAGAAGAAGAAAUACCAUGAGCACAGCAAGGGUCAUUCCUACAUCAGGAUUCUAUCUCCGGCUGUGAAUGAGGCUCUACGAUGUGUGGUUGAUUAUUAUCCGUCUGUACAUCUGUCCGGCACGAACAUCAAGGUCCUGGAGCCGUUUGAAAUCUUGGUGUUUUACGAGCGGGAACUGACCGAGUACCGCAAUCGCCUGGACAACGGUCCACCUGAAGAGGAAUUGGGCCAUUGCGCAAAUCGCUACGCUAGCAAGCACAUCGGUAUCGUCCAGGACUUUGUCAGAAAACGAGUCCAGAUAGAUGUCGAAGCCGAGAGAGAGCGUCACUCGAGAGGAUUCGCCACAUUCGACAUGCUCUGGCUUCUCUACAAACCCGGCUCGGACUGCUACUAUGACGCGAGCGAUAUUGGCGAACACGAACCCUAUGUGGUAAAGGACGUCAAACACUCCCUGGUCAACGGUGCUGCAAACUCGUACGAGUUAACGUGCUGGAACAUUGACGGCACCUCGAGUUGGGUGGGAGCUUGCGAGGUCUCGAGUACCAUCCAACGAUUUGCUGGGGAGAAAGAGAUUGUUUCGCUCUGUGCCUACCCAUGCGAGUACCUGCGCUUCUCCAAGGACAUCGCGGAGGGCGACCCCGAGAAAAUCAAGGAGCACUUCACGAACCAAGGGAAGAAAUGGUACGCACUCCGGCAGAAGAAGCAUUGCUACGCCUUCGACGGGUUCACAUAUACCAUCCCCAGGCGCAUGUACACUGGCCUCGUCAUGGUGGAUCUCACGAACUAUGCCUGGUGGAUGAGUGGCGCUAAGACAGACGGAUCCGGGUCAUAUGACCGAGUCACGUUGGAGGACGACGUAGCACACCCUUCGGCCCCGUUGAGGAUUUGCUCCUGCAGUCGGUGCGAGAAGCUAAUAUACCAGCACGCGGUCAAGCCGAAAUUUGCUGGCUACUCUUUGAUCAACCCCCUGACUGUCGAGAGCCUGACCGACCACCAAUACUUUCUGUGCGACCGCCUGGUCGAAGCCUUUGUGUUCAAGCUCAGGGCGUGGCAACAUCUCCAUGUCUCCGGCUUUCGGGAGCCAUCCUUCGACAAAUCGCUCUUCGAGCACCUCGUCCUGAAGGACACCACGAAAGACAUGAUCAAAAGCCUAAUCGAAGUCUAUACUCGAGAUAGUGACUUGCGGUCCGUCGUAGAGGAAAAACCGUUUAUCAAGAUCAGCGACGUUCACAAGGAUGUCGGGACGGCACGAAAGGACAAGACGUGGUCUGCCGACUUCGUGCAGGGCAAAGGAGAGGGCCUGACAAUUCUGCUUCACGGGAAGCCCGGCGUCGGCAAGACUUACACCGCAGAAUGCAUUGCCGAGUACAUGAAGCGCCCCUUACUUCCCCUGACGUGCUCGGAUAUCGGGGUUCAGCCCGACAAGAUCGAAAACAGUCUCGUAAACUGGUUCAAGCUAGCCGAGAACUGGGGCGCCAUCCUCCUCAUCGACGAGGCGGACACGUACAUGGAGGAGAGGCAGCCCCAGGACCUGACGCGCAACCACCUGGUGGCCGGGUUCCUGCGCGCGCUCGAGUACUUCAAGGGAAUCAUCUUCCUGACGACCAACCGCGUCGGCACCUUCGACGAGGCCUUCAUCUCGCGCAUCCACGUGCCCAUCUACUACCCCCCGUUCCAGGACGAGGAGCGCAUCAGGGUGUGGGACACCUUCUUCGAGAAGCUGGAGCAGGACCGCGAGACGACGAUGCGCAUCCUCCAGUCGACAAAGGACUACACGCAGUCCCAGGAGCUUCAGUCGCUGAACUGGAACGGCAGAGAGAUCAGAAACGCUUUUCAAGUCGCUGUUGCUCUUGCGGAAGCUCAGGGUCACAAGGACAGCAACGGCCGCGUUCUCGUCAAGCCGGACCAUAUCAAGGCCACGGUGCACAUGUCGAGGGACUUCAAGGACUACCUGGUCCAUGUUCACCGGUACGGCCCGGACAAGAAGGCGGCGAUCAUGGGCACUAGGUUCGAUGCGUACGGGAAGGCCGACAAGGGUAAGGAGCCCUCUGUGGAGAAAUACUGAGUAACAACGACUCUGGUGGAUGCGUUCCUGCCGCUACAGUGAGUGUGAUCUCACUAGGUGUGUUAGGUAUCUGCCUCGUACCUCUAUCCUUCGUGCGGGUACACGACUGGAUAAUUUCUACAACGUGGACAGCCAAACUCCUCAGCUUCUCCCUUUUUGUGGGAUCUCAUUUAUAGCUUCCCCAGUCCAAAGGCGGUUGAAUCUAGUGCUCCUCGUCGCCUUCAUUAUAAACUCACGAGUGU